GUGGGUGUGGCGCUGAGGAAGCGGCGGGAUGGAUGCGAGCCCGGGAGGAGCGCGCUGGGGGGCCGCGGGCGGGGGAUGUGGCGCGGUCCAGGCCCGUCGCGGCCUCGUCCUGACAGGGACACCUGCGGGGUCGUCCUUCCAGGAUCACCUGCGGGCCUCGCGGGCCGAUGCCUCGGGUCCCCCUCCGGCCUCGGUUUCUCCGCGCAGCGGGGCGGGGCGGGGGCAGCGCGGGUCUCAAAGCUGCCUGCAGGGGGCGCCCGUGAGCGGCGCGGCCGGAGCCGGAGACCGAGCGGCCGCCGAGACAGCGGGAGCCGGCGUGCGAGCCGCAGGUGCCUCAGGAACCCUGAAGCUGGGCUGAGCCAUGAUGCUGCUGCCAGAACCCCUGGAGAGGGCCUGGUUUCAGGAGACUCAGAGUCCUCUGUAAAAAAUCCCUUGGAGAGCGCCCUAGCAGGGCUGCACUUGGCUCCUGUGAGGAAGGGGCUCAGGGGCCUGGGCCCCUCCGCCUGGGCCGGGCUGGGAGCCAGGCGGGCGGCUGGGCUGCAGCGAUGGACCGUGAGCUGGCCCAGCCCGCGUCCGUGCUGAGCCUGCCUGUCUGUGGCCGUGCCCAUCAUGGGCUCCUCAGUGUACAUCACGGUGGAGCUGGCGAUUGCUGUGCUGGCCAUCCUGGGCAAUGUGCUGGUGUGCUGGGCCGUGUGGCUCAACAGCAACCUGCAGAACGUCACCAACUACUUUGUGGUGUCACUGGCGGCGGCCGACAUCGCGGUGGGUGUGCUCGCCAUCCCCUUUGCCAUCACCAUCAGCACUGGGUUCUGCGCUGCCUGCCACGGCUGCCUCUUCAUUGCCUGCUUCGUCCUGGUCCUCACGCAGAGCUCCAUCUUCAGUCUCCUGGCCAUCGCCAUUGACCGCUACAUCGCCAUCCGCAUCCCGCUCCGGUACAAUGGCUUGGUGACUGGCACGAGGGCUAAGGGCAUCAUUGCCAUCUGCUGGGUGCUGUCGUUUGCCAUCGGCCUGACUCCCAUGCUGGGUUGGAACAACUGCGGUCAGCCAAAGGAGGGCAAGAACCACUCCCAGGGCUGCGGGGAGGGCCAGGUGGCCUGUCUCUUUGAGGAUGUGGUCCCCAUGAACUACAUGGUGUACUUCAAUUUCUUUGCCUGUGUGCUGGUGCCCCUGCUGCUCAUGCUGGGUGUCUAUCUGCGGAUCUUCCUGGCGGCACGACGACAGCUGAAGCAGAUGGAGAGCCAGCCUCUGCCGGGGGAGCGGGCACGGUCCACACUGCAGAAGGAGGUCCAUGCUGCCAAGUCACUGGCCAUCAUUGUGGGGCUCUUUGCCCUCUGCUGGCUGCCCCUACACAUCAUCAACUGCUUCACUUUCUUCUGCCCCGACUGCAACCACGCCCCUCUCUGGCUCAUGUACCUGGCCAUCGUCCUCUCCCACACCAAUUCGGUUGUGAAUCCCUUCAUCUACGCCUACCGUAUCCGCGAGUUCCGCCAGACCUUCCGCAAGAUCAUUCGCAGCCACGUCCUGAGGCAGCAAGAACCUUUCAAGGCAGCUGGCACCAGUGCCCGGGUCUUGGCAGCUCAUGGCAGUGACGGAGAGCAGGUCAGCCUCCGUCUCAACGGCCACCCGCCGGGAGUGUGGGCCAACGGCAGUGCUCCCCACCCUGAGCGGAGGCCCAAUGGCUACGCCCUGGGGCUGGUGAGUGGAGGGAGUGCCCAAGAGUCCCAGGGGAACACGGGCCUCCCAGACGUGGAGCUCCUUAGCUAUGAGCUCAAGGGAGUGUGCCCAGAGCCCCCUGGCCUAGACGACCCCCUGGCCCAGGAUGGAGCAGGAGUGUCCUGAUGAUCCAAGGAGUUUGCCCCUUCCUAAGGGAAGGAAAUCUUUAUCUUUCUGGUUGGCUUGACCAGUCAUGUUGGGAGAAGAGAGAGAGUACCAGGAGACCCUGAGGGCAGCUGGUUCCUACUUUGGACUGAGAGGAGGGAGCCCCAGGCUGGAGCAGCAUGAGGCCCAGCAAGAAGGGCUUGGGUUCUGAGGAAGCAGACGUUUCAUGCUGUGAGGCUUUGCACCAGGUGGGGGCCACAGCACCAGCAGCAUCUUUGCUGGGCAGGGCCCAGCCCUCCACUGCAGAAGCAUCUGGAAGCACCACCUUGUCUCCACAGAGCAGCUUGGGCACAGCAGAGUGGCCUGGCCCUGAGACUGGGGAGUGGCUCCAACAGCCUUCUGCCACCCACACACCACUCUCCCUAGACUCUCCUAGGGUUCAGGAGCUGCUGGGCCCAGAGGUGACAUUUGACUUUUUUCCAGGAAAAAUGUAAGUGUGAGGAAACCCUUUUUAUUUUAUUACCUUUCACUCUCUGGCUGCUGGGUCUGCCAUCGGUCCUGCUGCUAACCUGGCACCAGAGCCUCUGCCCGGGGAGCCUCAGGCAGUCCUUCCCCGCUGUCACGGCUGCCAUCCACUUCUUAGUCCCAGGGCCAUCUGUUGGAGUGACAAAGCUGGGAUCAAGGACAGGGACUUGUAACAGAGCAGUGCCAGAGCAUGGGCCCAGGUCCCAGGGGAGAGGUUGGGGCUGGCAGGCCACUGGCAUGUGCUGAGUAGUGCAGAGCUACCCGGUGAGAGGCCUUGUCUAACUGCCUUUCCUUCUAAAGGGAAUGUUUUUUUCUGAGAUAAAAUAAAAAUGAGCCACAUCGUGUUUUAAGCUUGUCCAAAUGAGAA